ACGGAAUGGUAUGUUCACCUCAGAUGGUUGAAUGUGAAAUUAAAACAAAUAUUCAGAAACCUUUUUUUUGGAGAUUACAACGAUGGACGAAGAAGUAGUGUUAACUGUAAUGUUAAAAUUAUUGCGAAAUGCAAGAAAUAUGCCAAGUUGGCGUGCUAUUCUGAUAUUUAAGAGAGUACGAAAAUUAUAUUUCGCUUAUAAUAUUUUAUUACAAAAUAAAAAAUAUACAAGAAAACGAAAAUUUUGGGUACGGCCAAUGUUUACACAAAGAAUGAGACAUCUUCAAGGCGCAAGUGACAAUUUAGUCGUUGAAAUGCAAACGACCGAUCGUGAGAAGUUCUUCAAUUACUUUAGAAUGACUCCGGAAUUAUUUGAAGAACUGCUGUCAUUAGUUGGACCACUUAUUGAGAAGCAAGAAUUAUGCCGAGUUCCAAUUUCAUCUCGUACAAGAUUGCAACUGGUUUUACGCUGGUUGGCAUCUGGUGAUAGUAUGGCAUCUCUUUCAUAUGCAUUUCGUAUUGGAGCAAAUACAGCUUCUAAAAUCAUAAUCGAUGUAACAUUCCGUUGA